AUGCAGCGAUCGAAGCGCUUCCGAAACGACGCGAAAAAGUUCAUCAGCUCGGCUGGAGGGGUGUGCGGCGGCGGCAAAACCUUCGGCUGGGGGUUGCUGAUCCGAAGGGGCGGAUUUUUGCCUCCUGUCGGCUGCUUUCUGGGAGAGCUGGAAAGGUUAUUACUGCCCGGCAUAAAACGGCUCUAUGCCUUUGUUGGCAGUGUUGUGCGCGCCGGGCGGCCGCGGGGGGCGGGCCCUGCCCGGGGCUGCCCCCGCGGCUCGGGUUUGCCCCGCAGGCCUAGGGCCCCGUGUGGGAUGCAGCGAUCGAAGCGCUUCCGAAACGACGCGAAAAAGUUCAUCAGCUCGGCUGGAGGGGUGUGCGGCGGCGGCAAAACCUUCGGCUGGGGGUUGCUGAUCCGAAGGGGCGGAUUUUUGCCUCCUGUCGGCUGCUUUCUGGGAGAGCUGGAAAGGUCCCUUUUGUUUUUUCUCUUUCAGAUCACAGCAAAAGCAGCUGUCAUUUUUGUUACACUUCAGUAUAAUGUUACCAUUCCUGCCACAGAAGAACAAUCUGCAGAAACAGUUUCUCUCUAUCACUACGGCAUCAAAGACUUGGCUACGAUUUUCUUUUACAUGCUAGUAGCAAUAAUCAUACAUGCUAUAAUUCAGGAGUACGUACUAGAUAAAAUUAACAGGAAAAUGCACUUUUCAAAAACAAAGCAUAGCAAGUUCAAUGAGUCUGGGCAACUUAGUGCAUUCUACCUUUUCUCCUGUGUUUGGGGAACAAGUAUUCUUGUCUCUGAGAACUAUAUAUCAGAUCCAACUUCUCUGUGGAGAGACUAUCCGCACACUCUGAUUCCGUUUCAAAUGAAGUUUUUCUACAUCUUACAGUUGGCAUACUGGUUUCAUGCUUUGCCAGAAUUAUACUUCCAGAAAACUAAAAAAGAAGAUAUCUUUCGCCAGAUUGUCUACAUUGGACUUUAUGUCUUUCAUAUUGCUGGAGCCUAUCUUCUGAAUCUGACCCAUCUUGGACUUGUUCUUCUGGUAUUGCAUUACUUCGUUGAAUUUCUUUUCCACAUAUCCCGUCUUUUCUACUUCAGUGAUGAAAGAUACCAGAAAGGAUUUUCACUGUGGGCAGUUCUUUUUGUUCUGGCAAGGCUUCUCACCUUGAUUCUUUCAGUCCUCACUUUUGGAUUUGGGCUGGCAAGAGCAGAAGAUCAGCAGCUGAAUUUCAGUACUGGAAACUUCAAUAUCCUGGCUGUUAGAAUCAGUGUGCUGGCCUCCAUCUGCUUGGCCCAAGCAUUUAUGAUGUGGAAGUUUAUUAAUUUCCAGCUUCGGAGAUGGAGAGAACAUUCUUCUUCUCAGCCUCAGUCAGUGAAAAAGAAGUUCAUAACAGCUAAAGGAAAGAACUCCAGAAAAGAAAGAGAAAAUGGAAUAAAUGGAACAGUGACCUCAAAUGGAGCAGACUCGCCUCGCAGCAGGAAGGAUAAAUCCUCGUAAAACUGGGUUUUAUUAAGUUAAUUGACUAAUGUCCCCAAAGAAUCUGCUUUUUACAUGGAUGGCCCUUCAACACUAGAGAUGUUAUGGAUUAAAGAAAAUACAAUUCAUGUUUUUUGAUUAUUGCUGUUGUUUCAGAAACUUUUUUUAAAACUCAUUUUGACUAAGGAAAAAGGUUUAUCUGCCUUCAAAUACUUGGGGGAGGGGAAUGGGAUACCACACUUUUUAAAUAACAUUGACACUUUUUUAAACAUUUGUUGGGACAAAAUAACUUCACUUAAUGAGAAUCACUGUGGCAAUGUGUUAUUUCCUUCCAGUUUUUUAAUCCUGGUGAUAGAUACUGUUCUACCAACUUCACGUUUUCUAGGUUCUUCAAGAAGUAUUGCAAAAUUGAAGUGAAAACUUAGUGUGCAUUUUUAGAUACUCUGGCUUUUCAGUUAAUUGCAUUGAUUCAAAUUUACAUUUCAAAUUGGGAUUCCAAAACCACCCCGAUAAACCUCUUUAUUUUGUAGUUAAUAGCUACACAGUGUCUGCCCUAAGAAUUGCCCCAUACCAUUAAAAAAAAACUGAACU